GCCGCGGGGAGGGGGCUGUGGGAGGAAGGGGAGGGGGCUGCCCCGUGCGCGAGCGGCCGGGAUGGCGCUGGCCAGGGGGAUGGCGCUGCUGAGGGCGGCGAGCGGCGGCCUGAAGGGCCCCGCGUGGCUGCUGUGGGCUCGGGAUCCCCCCCGGUUCUGCAGCACUGAAGCACCCCCCAGCCCACCCCCCACCCCCCCGUCCCCCUACCAGGAGCAGCCCUGGGAGUACCUGGAGAGCGAAGAGUACCGGGCUGCGUACGGCGACCGUCCCGUGUGGUUUGGCUACCGGCGCAACCACAAAGGACCGUCCCCCCCGCAGCGCACGCGCCGCUCCUGCCUGCGCAAGGGCAAGCGGGUGGGCAACCCCUGUCCCAUCUGCCGCGACCGGCACCUGCGCCUGGACUUCAGGAACGUGAAGCUCCUGGACCAGUUCAUCUGCCCCCACACCGGCACCAUCUUGCACCCCACGCACACGGGGGUCUGCAUGAAGCAGCACAAGCUCCUGACCAAAGCCAUUUCCCAGGCGCAGGAGCGCGGUCUGCUGUGGCUGCACACCCCCUACGUGCCGGCCCCCAGGGAGGACUUCUCCAACAGCCACGCUGCCGUCAGCAGGACGCCUCCCCCAGCCCCGGCCCUGCUGCCGGGGGGCUUCUGGUACCCCUGGUACGAGCGGCACAGCCCCCCGGCCGCCGCCAUCGCCCGCGCCAGGCGCCUCUACAGGGGCUUCCUCAAGGAGGAGGAGGAGGAAGGUCCACGGGCUGUGGGGACGGCCCCUGGGACCCCCCCGACCCCGGCCUGGAGCAGAGGGGGAAUAAAGUGUUGGAGAGGAAAAG